AGCUCACAAGCACGGGCUCUGUCCCAGGAGAGAAGACCCGAGCGGAGUACGUCGGGACUGUCCAGAAAGAGCCGGAGUUCGUGUGCCGGGGCGGUGUUAGGAACGUCCCGUUGCCCCCCCCCCCCCCCCCCCGCCCCCACGGCCAGGCUCUCAGCAGCGGAGGGAGCUGGCUCGGAGGUCGGAGGGGCUCGAGGAAAGGAGCCCCAACUGGCCCCGGCGCUCACAGCCUGAUUUGCCCGCACCUCCGCCCCCUCCGACUCCUAGGGGCUCGGCGAACCGGCGGACACGAGGAUCCGCCUGCCAGGGACAGGGCUCCGGGCCGCACUGCGCAUGCCCUGCAGUCAGGGCCGGCGGACGCUGUGGUUCCCGGCGGCGCGCAGCGCGCAGCGGUAAUUAGUAAUUGUGCUCUGGCUACCGAGAGGCUAGGGCGCCGUGGGGGCGCGGCUUCCCGGUGGCUACACCGCUGUACCCCGGGCCGAGGGGCGGCCGGGCAGAUGAGUCUGCGGCUUGUCUGAGGUUUCUCAGAGAAGCACGGGUCCGUUCCGAGCCCUCCGGACUGCUCCCGGGGAACGGGACCUGCACGCGGCGCCGUGCUGCGGGGCAGCGAGGCCGCAGAGAGGAAGUUGCAAUGGCAAGGAAUUUAUCUGUAAUCUUGAUCUUGACCUUCACCCUGUCAGUCGCAAAUCCUCUUCACGAACUAGAACCAGCAACUGUUUUCCCUCAGACCACUGAGAAAAUUAUUCCAAAUUGGGAACGUGGCAUUAAUUUUGACUUGGCAGCUACCACACAGCGACAUCAUCUACAGCAGCUUUUCCAUCGCUAUGGAGAAAAUAAUUCCUUGUCAGUUGAAGGGUUCAGAAAAUUGCUUCAGAAUAUAGGCAUAGAUAAGAUUAAAAGGAUCCACAUGCACCAUGACCACGAGCAUCACUCUGACCAUGAUCAUCACUCUCACCGUAAUCGUGUUGCUUCCAGUAAAAGUAACCGGAAAGCACUUUGCCCAGACCAUGACUCUGAUAGUGCUGGCAAAGAUCCCAGAAACAGCCAGGGAAAAGGAUCUCACCCAUCAAAACAUGCCAAUGGUAGAAGGAAUGUUUUAAUCAAGGAUGGUGUUGCUGCUAGUGAAGUGACCUCAACUGUGUACAACACUGUCUCUGAAGGAAAUCACCUUCUAGAGACAAUAGAAACUCCAAAACCUGGAAAACUUCUCCCCAAGGAUGUGAGCAGUUCCACUUCACCCAGUAUUACAGAAAAAAGCCAGGAGAAUCGGCUGGCUAGUAGGAAAAUGAAUGAAUCUGUGAGUGAUCCCAGAAAAGGCUUCAUGUAUUCCAGAAACACAAAUGAAAACUCUCAGGAGUGUUUCAAUGCAUCAAAGCUGCUUACAUCUCACGGCAUGGGCAUCCAGAUUCCGCUGAAUGGAACAGAGUUCAACUACCUCUGCCCAGCCAUAAUAAGUCAAAUUGAUGCUAGAUCAUGUCUGAUUCAUACAACAAGUGAAAAGAAAGCUGAGAUCCCUCCAAAGACCUAUUCCUUACAAAUAGCGUGGGUUGGUGGCUUUAUAGCCAUUUCCAUCAUCAGUUUCCUGUCUUUGCUGGGUGUUAUCUUAGUGCCUCUCAUGAAUCGGGUGUUUUUCAAAUUUCUUCUAAGUUUCCUUGUGGCAUUGGCUGUUGGGACAUUGAGUGGUGAUGCUUUUUUACACCUACUUCCACAUUCUCAUGCAAGUCACCACCAUAGUCACAGCCAUGAAGAAUCAGCAAUGGAAAUAAAGAGAGGGCCACUUUUCAGUCAUCUGUCGUCUCAAAACAUAGAAGAAAGUACCUAUUUUGAUUCCACAUGGAAGGGUCUGACAGCUCUGGGUGGCUUAUAUUUCAUGUUUCUUGUUGAACAUGUACUCAUAUUGAUCAAGCAAUUUAAAGAUAAGAAGAAAAAGAAUCAGAAAAAAACAGAAAGUGAUGAUGAUGUGGAUAUUAAGAAGCAAUUGUCCAAGUAUGAAUCUCAACUUACAUCAAAUGAGGAGAAAGUAGAUACUGAUGAUCGAACUGAAGGCUAUUUACGAGCGGAUUCACAAGAGCCCUCCCACUUUGAUUCACAACAGCCAGCAGUCUUGGAAGAAGAAGAGGUCAUGAUAGCUCAUGCUCAUCCACAGGAAGUCUAUAAUGAAUAUGUACCCAGAGGGUGCAAGAAUAAAUGCCACUCACAUUUCCAUGAUACACUUGGCCAAUCAGAUGAUCUCAUUCACCACCACCAUGACUACCAUCAUAUCCUCCAUCAUCACCACCACCAAAACCACCACCCCCACAGUCAUAGUCAGCGCUACUCUCGGGAGGAGCUGAAAGAUGCUGGCAUUGCCACUUUGGCCUGGAUGGUGAUAAUGGGUGACGGUCUGCACAAUUUCAGUGAUGGCCUAGCAAUCGGUGCCGCUUUUACUGAAGGUUUAUCAAGUGGUUUAAGUACUUCUGUUGCUGUGUUUUGUCAUGAGUUGCCUCAUGAGUUAGGUGACUUUGCUGUUUUACUAAAGGCUGGCAUGACUGUUAAGCAGGCUGUUCUUUAUAAUGCCUUGUCAGCCAUGCUGGCAUAUCUUGGAAUGGCGACAGGAAUUUUCAUUGGUCAUUAUGCUGAAAAUGUUUCUAUGUGGAUAUUUGCACUUACUGCUGGCUUAUUCAUGUAUGUUGCUCUGGUUGAUAUGGUACCUGAGAUGCUGCACAAUGAUGCUAGUGACCAUGGAUGUAGCCGCUGGGGAUAUUUCUUUUUACAGAAUGCUGGGAUACUUUUGGGUUUUGGAAUUAUGUUGCUUAUUUCUAUAUUUGAACAUAAAAUUGUGUUUCGUAUAAAUUUCUAAUUAGGGUAUAAAUGCUAAAGUAGCUUAAAAAAAUUGCUGUCUGUAGUUUGAAUAGGUCAGGGAGGUGACUGUGUGCUGUGAUAGGCAGCAUUUAAGGUGAGUUGAUUCUGUGAUUUUUGUAUUGAAUAUCAUCAUUUGUUAUGCUUACAGGGUCAGUUAUGGUGGUAACAUAAAGGUACUUUUUAAGAUUUAAGUUAUUUUAUAUUGGGAAUGUAAGCUCUAUGUGCAGUUUACCAAUUUUACCAGUUUAUUGUCUAAAUAAGAGAUUUGACAUGACAUAUUCUGUGUAUUUCAGGAAGUGAUUUAAUAUAGUAAUUCCCUGGUGGAUUUUAGGCCUCUGAAGAAUUGCUGGCAUUAUAGAAAUAAAAGUAUACAUGAAGCCUAAGAUACCAAUAAAGCUUGUACUGAAUUUACAUGAAGAAAUAAGGAGAAAAAGAAAACAUUCUAUAAGAAUUAAGAAGGUAUAGAUUUCUUACCAAAAAAACCAUAAACUGGUUAUAAAAUAGGGAAAAUUUAGAUUUAAAUUAAAAAGGCAAUAGUAGUAUAGAGUUCAUACAUAAACAUUUUUGUCAGAGUAUUUUUCCCAUAAUACCACAAUGAGAGUGAGCACUUUUUACUAAUUUACUUUGUAUAAUAAGUCUAUAUGUAACAAAUUCAAGCAAUAUAUCACUGAAACAAGCAAUUGAAAUUUAAGAUAUUUGGAGGUAUACCAGAUAAGUAAGUUUAUGUAUUGCCAGAAAACUUGGAUAGCACCAAGUAUGUAUCUCCCCAAGCUGUGUGAUUGGAUGUUCUAGUUACCUGGUAUCAAAUGUCAGCAUAUUAGAACUUUGAAAUAUAUAGACAUUAAAACCAGAUUGAGUAUAAUUUGACUACUUGGAUUCAGAGUGUACUUUGGUAUCUUUCAGGGCUUCAGUGUUGUCAUUAAGAACAAUUGUCAUUUUUAUAGGUAGUACUUUAGACAUACCAGACCUCUCUGUGGUGUUCUCUAGAUGUUGCUUUUCUACAAAAUAAAUUCUCCAUGUCAGCUUGA